AUCUAUAAUGACCUAGCAGUCGUCGUUCAUCUCUUUCAUCUAAACUUCUCUCAAUGGACAAAAAGAAGGACAAGCGCGAGAUUGUAACAACCCCGGAGAUAAGGGUGGGUGAUUCAGAGAUCUUAGGAACGCCCAAAAACCAGCAAAAAUACAAGCGGCGGAAGAAGGUCGAUCAAGAUACCUUAUUGAAGCCAAAGAAGCUGCAGAAACACAAGUUGUGUAAGAAGAAGCAGAAGAAGGUUACGACAACCACAGAGCCUUCAGAAAUAAAUUCUGAUGAUCCAGAGGCUUUAGUAAAGCCUCAGAAGCCGGAAAGGCUCAAGAAGAUAGUAGAUGAAUUAAGUAACCGUCUGGACGAGAUGACUGAAAUUGUCAAAAAACUAAAGAAGAAUUCAGAUCUACUGGAAGAGGAGAAUAAUAACACUCCAAAGGAAAAGGUGGUAGACCAUGAGUGCUAUUUCGAAUCUGAAGAUGCAGAUUUUAAAAACCGGCGAACAAUUUUCGUUCUGGGAUUCGAUUGUUCCUUUCCUAGGGAUGAAAUAAAGAGAACAUUGAUUAAACACUUCAGUUCUUGUGGAGAGGUCUCAAGGGUUUAUAUUCCUUUUCAUUGUGAUACUGGCUCUCCCAUGGGUUUUGCCUUCAUUAGUAUGGGAAAUCCAGAUAAGGCUUUAACACUCAAUGGAAGUUACUUGGAUGGGAUGAGACUUGAGGUUACAAUGGCUACAAAGAGAAGUGAAUACUAUGGCUAUACCAACCAUCGUGGCUGUCAACGUUGUGGUAUUGCUUCAGCGAAGCGGUUGGCGAAACGCUUCUACGAUCGUACCAGAAUACGAAUCCCGUUAGUGCCUAGCGAUUUCUAGCAAGAUCAAGAAGCUACUGCUUUACCCGACCAGCUACAUCAUCCUUUGUGUUCUAAGAUACCUUGUUUUAGCAUUCUGCUACUUAUGCGCAUUAUUAUCUAUGUCUAAAUUAAAUGUUGAAUAUUUCUGUGUCUGUCAACUGUUGAAUAUUUUUCUUUAUGGAAGUCUAUCAUCUA